AUGUCCCACGUCUCUGGCCCUACCCCUGCCUGCACUCCCCUCCAGGUGAUCUACACGCUCCGCAACCCUAAGGACGUCCUGGUCUCCUACUUCUAUUUCUCCAAGAUGUGCAGCUCGUACGAGGACCCCGAGUCCUUCGAGCAGUUCUUGGGGGACUUUCUGAGCGGGGACGUGCCCCAUGGGUCCUGGUUUAACCAUGUGAGAGGCUGGAUGGAAAUGAAGGGCAAGGACAAUUUCUUCUUCACGACGUACGAAGAGCUGCAGCAGGACCUGCGGGGCAGCGUGCAGCGACUCUGCCAGGUCCUGGGGCAGGCGCUGGAUGAGGGAGCCCUCACGGCGGUGGUGGAGAACGCCUCCUUCAGGGCCAUGCGGGAGAACCAGAUGUGCAACUCGACACUGCUCCCCGCGGACAUCAUGGAUCAGGAGAAGGGCACCUUCCUGAGGAAGGGCAUCUGUGGGGACUGGAAGAACCAUUUCACAGCGGCGCAGAGCAAGGCCUUCGACGGGAUCUACCGGGACCGCAUGGGAGGCCUCCUGGGGGCGUUCCCCUGGGAUGCGCCCUGGGAUUGAACAGUGGGAAUAAAGCAUCCAGGAGACCACGAGGAGCCAGGGCUGAGUUGCUGGGAGUGGCUGGCUGCCGUGGUUCACACAGCCUAUGGGAGGGAAUGGCUCCGGCCUGGCAGGAUGGACCAGGCUGAGGAGCGUUGCCUGGCUUGGGCAUUUCAUGCCAGUGCUACCUGCCAUGCCCUUGCCCUCCCUCCCACCAGGUUCCAUAAUCAGCCUGGCCUCUUAUUGCCACAGGGAGCACCUCCAGGGUCAGCCUCCAGCCACUGCAGCUCGCUCCCUCGGCCUGUGACACCUCCCUGAACCUUACCGGC